GGUCCUGGGUUGAGUCCAGCUGUCCCGUUCACUCUUGGACAAACAUGCACGCGCUUCCGUAGGCACACACACACACACGGGCACACAUGCACAAGGACGCGCAAGUUCAGGGGUGGGGCGCAUAGCUUGCUUGAGCUCCCACCUGUUAAAGAAGCCCCUUUUUGGAAAGUCCUCUACGCUUGGGACCAAACAAAAGCACUGCAUAUGUUGCACUGUGUCCAUGGCUAUUUGACUCUGAGAGAGACUCACAGGCUGACCACUGACUUUCUGAAGAGCAGGACUCAAACACUUACGAUCAGCAUCUCUGUUCUCUGGGUGUGCGUAUCUCUACAGCCCUACAGCGCCCUCCACUGUUCCUGUUAGGCACUGCAGCUGCGGCGUGCCCAAUAUUCUAACGCAAUGGCCCAAUAUGAUCAACUGGAUGAUAAGGACUCUUUGGAUUUCCAUGACAACCCACCAGCCCCGGACAAUAUGAUGCAUGAGGAAGACAACACGCUUUACUUCGUCUAUGACGAAGAGGUCGAGGAGGAGGAGAAGGAAGAGCCUCCUCCUCCUGAGCCGGUGAAGCAAGUGAACGAAAAACCGCACAAGUUUAAGGACCACUACUGCAAGAAGCCAAAGUUCUGUGAUGUCUGUGCACGCAUGAUAGUCCUCAAUAACAAGUUUGCCCUGAGAUGCAAGAACUGCAAGACAAACAUCCAUCAUCAGUGCCAGUCCUACGUGGAGUUUCAGAAAUGCUUCGGCAAAAUUCCUCCUGGUUUCAGACGAGCGUACAGCUCUCCCCUCUACAGCAGUCAACAGAAUGCCACCGUCAGCCAGCUGCUCCCAUUCUCUCAGUCCAACCGCAGUGACCCCGUCUUUGAGACACUACGUGUGGGAGUCAUCAUGGCCAACAAGGAGCGCAAGAAGAACGAAGGGGACAAGCAUAAGAUGAUGAUGAUGAUGAUGGAGGAGGAAGACUCCCAGCCUAAAGAAGAUGAGGUCAGAGAGGGAGCAAAUCAAGAGGGGGACAAGAAAGGGGACAAAGCUGCAGCAGAUGACAAGAAUAAGAAGCCCCAGCCUGGCAAACUGGGUGUGUUUACCCAGUCUCAUUCCUACCUUGCCCUGUACCGCUUCAAAGCCGUGGAAAAAGAUGACUUGGACCUGCAUCCUGGGGACCGAAUCACUGUGAUUGAUGACUCCAAUGAGGAGUGGUGGAGAGGUAAGAUCGGAGAGAGGUCAGGCUUCCUGCCAGCCAACUACAUCAUCCGUGUGCGCUCAGGAGAGAGGGUGUUCAAAGUCACCCGCUCGUUCGUGGGCAACCGAGAGAUGGGGCAGAUCACGCUCAAGAAAGACCAGAUUGUGGUGAAGAAGGGAGAGGAGGUGAACGGCUAUCUGAAAGUCAGCACUGGACGCAAGCUGGGCUUCUUCCCCUCCAACCUGCUGCAGGAGAUCUGAGCUGGCCUCACAGAUACCAUACUAAAGCCAAAAGCAACAUGGUAUAUAUUUGAACUCAAACUAGAAAAAAGACCACAUUGAAAAUCAUAGCAGUGGAUUAUAUAUAUAUAUAUAUAUAUAUUUAUACACCACAUUCUUUUUUGUGACUGUUUGAAACGCGUUAUAAAAAGGCAAAAGGUGGCUUGGCUGGAGGACUUCUUUUUUCCAGCUAAAUCUUUUUUUAAAAGUGUUCUCCACCUGACACUAAAUGAGAUCAUCUACCACUCAGCGGAGCAGAGCUAAUCAACCAUGAUCAUUUUCAGUGGCCAUAUUGCUACAAUAGAGACCUCUGGUCAGUGAGACAUCCUCUGGCUUCCCCUGAUUGGUUCAGGGCACCAGAAAUAGCUGCAAUCACAUUUGUGACGCAGAAAGGGACCACUGAGCAGUAAUGAGCCAACUGUCACUUUCCUAAGCCUAUGCAUCCAAUGACCCAAAACCACAGGCCUGCAUCGCUGCCAAAAUUAGAACCGUCAUUAGCCAAAGAAACUACUUACUCCAGUGGGGUCGUGGUUCAUGGCAUUCCACUCUCUCUCUAUCUCGCUCUCUAUCUCGCUCUCGCUCUCUCUCUCUCUCUCUCUCUCUCUCUCUCUCUCGCUCUCUUUCUCUCUCUCACACACACACACACACACACACACACACACACACACACACACACACACACACAAACAAACACCACCCAUCUGCUGAUCCAUUAGAUACCUAAGUUAGUAUGGAAAUGUGAUGUCUGUAAGGAUCACGGUAGGCUGUUUUUUUAAGCUAAUUUGGAACUAUAUCAAUAACCAUGUUACAAAGACAUCUGUAAUGUCCCCUCCUGGUAUUAAAAACUAUUUUUCUCCCUUU